CUUGAUCUUGAGUGACAUUGGAUCUAUUCCUCAUUUUAAGAAGCUUGCCUAUUGAGCUACCAAGGUCUCCAAAUUUGUUUACAAUCAUGGUCCAAUUUAUUUCUGGUUGAAGACAAAGGAGAAUUGGAAAAAAUAGUGAGACCUGGUGCUACUAGAUUUGCUACUACAUUUCUGAGUUUGCAGAGUACUUUUGAGCACAUGCAUGAUUUGGAGGAACUGGUGAUUAGUGAGUUCUUUAGAAAAAGUGAUCUUUCAAGUACUAAGGAUGGAAAGGAUGUGAAGGCAAUUGUACUUGAUCAACAGUUUUGGGCUGAUUGUGACUUCAUUGUUAAGUUGACAGCUCCAAUUGUCAAGUUGCUUCGAGUUGUGGAUUCAGAUAGUAAACCAGCAAUGGGGUAUGUGUAUGAUGGGAUGACUAGGGUGUCAAAUGCUAUUAAGACUGUUUGUGGAUACAAGGAGAACAUGUACAAACCCUACAUGGAUAUCGUUAAUAGGAGAUGGGAUAAGCACUUGAGCCGUGAUUUGUUUAUGGCAGCUCACUAUCUUAAUCUGGCUAUUAAGUAUGCUGAUGAUUGGACAGAGGAUAGGGCAGUUACAUUUGGACUUCUUAAUCUUCUUGAGAACUCGUCUUUAUGUCUUGAUAAUAUUGUGGUGGUGGCGGAGAUGAUUUUGUAUGCUGAAAAGAAAGGAAACUUUGGGAGGAAGAUGGCAAUAGAUUCUGCAUAGAAACAACAACUAGGUAAUUGAUAUCACUUGCAUUGAAGUUCUUCUAUUUAUUACAAUAUUUAAGAAAUUAACAUAUAUGCUUUAUAUGUAGAUAAGUGGUGGAAAUGGUUUGGCAUUGAUGCUCCAAAUAUUCAGAAGUUGGCUAUUCGAAUUCUUAGCCAAACUGCUGCUUCUUCUGGUUGUGAACGUAAUUGGAGUGUCUUUGAACGUGUGCAUACGAAAAGAAGAAACAGAUUGCAGCAUAAAGUGCUUAGUAACUUGGUGUUUGUGAAUUACAACUUGUGAUUGCAGAAUAGGUAAUGAUUUGAAUUAUAGAACUUGUGUGUUGAAUUCAUACUUUCUAUGCUUACUAUUGAAUUGAAUUAUUUUAUGUUUUCUACUUUGAUUAGGGAGUAUUAUACCAAGAACAAAAAAGAAUCAUAUGAUCCCAUAAGCCUUGAAAGCAUUGAUUCUACUAUUACUAGUCACUGGUUGUCAGAAGGGGAAGAAGGUUCAUCUUCUAGGGAAAAGGAAUUGGAUAUUGAUGAGCUGGAUCGAGCAUUAGAAGAGGAAGGUUUGUUUGUAAAUCAAUUAUGUAUUAUAUGAAUUCUAAUACUAAUAAUUGAUUAUAAUUCUUACUUGUUUUCUCUUGUAUUGUAGUUGGUGAUGAAGAAGAUGAAGGGGACGACUUGCAGAAUGUAGACUUAUCUACAUUUGGUGUUGUUUGAAGAUAUGAAACGUUGUUUGUGAACAUUGUAGUGUUUGCUAGUUUGUGUUUGUGGUAGUUGUGAACUUGUGGUUUGAGAAUGUUGUUUGGUUGUUUUGUACUUUGAACGAAAAGGAAAUGUUGUUUGGUUUGAGAAUGUUGUUUGAACUUGUGGUUUAAGAAUGUUGUUUGGUUGUUUUGUACUCGAUCGUAAACAUGCAUUUGAACGAUUAUGUAGUUAAUUCAGCAAUGUUGCAGUUUGUUGAUUGUUAUAUUAAAACUACCUAUUUAGUUUAUUCAGGUUUGUUAUCCGGUAUGUUCCGGUUUUAUUCCGGUAUAUUCCGAAACGGUAUCCUGAAUCUGUCGAUACGGUUUUUUAACAAAAAAUAUUAUUUAAUUACAAAAACGGUAUUUUGCUGGUACACAACGACUGAACCACGGUAGUACCACAAAAUACCCUACCACUAGCGGAUCCGGUAUGACUUCCGGUACGGUUUCCUUUACCAUGGAUUUCAGAGAUUUCCGACGAGAAUGGGCGUGAAGUGAAGAAGAAGGGUUCACGCCUCCUUAUAUAGCACGAGGUUCAUAUGGAUGGGGGUUGAUUUUCAAGGUCGUUAAGACCAUGAUAAUAACUCUAGAACCGUGAACUCGGGUAAAUACGGUGCACUUCAAAAAACUGGGACUAGACUUUGUUCACAAUCUUUGCCUCCUUAUCACGGCCUGACAGCCGUGAUAAUGGGGCUAAAACCAUGAACUGAUGAAAAAUAGGGCAUUUCUCAGAUUUUCAAGACUCGACCUAAUCAACCGUGCCCCUAACUCUCUUGGCCAAUUGACUAAGGGUUGCUUAGGCUUCUCCCUCGAACUGUAGUCCGGACGACCAAAACACAACCUACUCAAGGUGCUAAUACGUAUUAAGAGGUUUGUCAUAAUUCAACCUAAGUAGGUGACACAAUUUGGCCAAGAAAUUCUAGCUUUUACAAGCCUCUUAGCAAGAAGGGGAUUUCCCUCUACCUAGGUCAAAAUGGCAUAAAAGUUGGAAAUGCAAAAACACGACACAACCUUCAUGUAAAUACCUCAUAACUUGUAUUAAAACACAACUACGCAU